AUGGAAUACCAAUACUCCAAUCUUCUUAAACCACCCCAAUGCGAGACGGAAGGUCUCUGCGAUGGCCUCCUGAUACGCAAGCAUAUUGCUGAAGAUCUCGAAGAGAUUGGUACAUUCAAGGCACAAGAAGACUGGAGGACCUUGGUUGGCCCUCUGUCUCACUACAGAGGGGGACUUGGACCCAGACAUAGUUUCAUGGCAGUCUCUCUUCCAGAGUGCCUCCCGGAACGUCUCGAAAUUGUUUCAUACGCGAAUGAGUUCGCGUUCCUUCACGAUGACGUCACAGAUAUCCUGAGCCAGCAAGAGGUAAAUAUCAACCUUGAAAUAAAAGGAAUUGAAUCGGCACUGACAACAGAUCAGGGCGAUAUUCAGAAUGACGAAGUUCUAGAUGCAUUCCGUGAGGGAGCGAGGAGCGGACAGAUCGAUGCUUCAAAUUCUGGGAAACGACAAAUGCAAGCAAAAAUCCUCAAUACUAUGAUUUCCAUAGAUCGGCCACGUGCCCUGGCCGCGAUGCAUGCCUGGGCUGCUUUUGUGGAGCAAGGAGCCGGACGUCAGCAUCACCAGCAAUUCGAAACACUGGAGGACUAUUUGCCCUACCGUACCAGAGACGUGGGUCAUAUGUUCUGGCAUGCUCUUGUCACCUUCGGUUGUGCUAUUACCAUCCCUGAAGAAGAGAUGGAGUUGUGCACGGAGCUGGUGCUGCCGGCUGUGAUCGCGGCAAGCUUAACCAAUGACCUUUUCUCAUACGACAAGGAGUACGAGGCCGCUCAAGCCGCCGGUCUGACUGAGGUCGUCAACGCCCUGUGGGUCCUCAUGAGAGAGCACAGUAUCUCCCUCAAAGAAGCCAAGUCUAUGUGCCGGAUGCGCAUCAGACAGGAAGUUGCGAAAUACGCACGUAUCAUCAGGGACACGCAGUCCAGAAACGACAUUUCCAGCGAUUUGAAGAGAUACAUUGAACUCAUGCAGUAUAGCGUCAGCGGAAACGUGGUUUGGAGUCUUCAGUGUCCCAGAUACCACAGCAACAUGCGUUACAACGAACGGCAGGUCCUGCGUCAGGAACAGGGUAUUUCCAAGCACCCAACAACGUACCAACUCGCAAGCCCAAAGAAGCGCGCAAGGAUGGAUUCAGACCACGACUCCACUUCGAGGAAGAGAAUUCUCACCGGCGAAUAUCCGAAGCCGGAUGGAAAGCAUAGGCAGAAUGCUUGUACGGCCCAGGUGUCUGACAGCCAGGAUAAAAGCUUCGACCUUCCAGAUUUGGUGCAGGCCGGGGCAUUGCCGAAGCUUGGAAAUGAAAUUGUACUCGAGCCUUAUCGCUACGUCAGCGCACUACCGUCCAAGGGGGUUCGAGAUAUGGUGAUCGACGGUAUCGACAUCUGGCUAAGCGUCCGUCCUCAGUCCACAGCCAUAAUACGCAGUGUGGUCAAGACGAUCCACAACAGCUCCAUCAUGCUGGACGACUUGCAGGAUGGGUCGCAAUUACGACGCGGUAGCCCUGCAACCCAUGUCGUCUUUGGGGAGGCGCAGACGAUCAACUCGGCGACGUUCCAAUAUGUGGAGGCGAUCGCAGAGCUCCGGAAAUUGACCAACCCGGGUUGCCUUGACAUCUUCAUCGACGAGAUGCACAGCCUGUUCGUGGGGCAGGCGUACGAUCUGCACUGGACCAACGAAGUGCUUUGUCCAUCGGUGGCGGAGUACAUGCAGAUGGUCGAUGGGAGUAGGUCCCCUGCCCUUGCAGUAGUCGACCGCCUGUGCCGGCUCCUAGGACGCUAUUUCCAGAUCCGUGAUGACUAUCAGAACCUUGUUUCGGCAGAGUAUACGGCUCAGAAAGGCUUCUGUGAAGAUCUUGACGAGGGCAAGUUUUCUCUUCCCAUUAUUCACGCACUGGCACACACAGACAAGCCUCUCCAGUUGAGGGGAGUCAUGCGAGAACGCUCACGGAAGGGGACGUGCACCACUGCUCAGAAGCAACUCGUGCUGGCGUUGAUGAGCGAGGCCGGAAGCCUGCAGUACGUGCUGCACGUGCUGGAAGCGUUGCAUGCCGAGUUGGAGGCCGAGGUGGAGCGCCUCGAGGGCGUCUUUGGCAAGACGAACCACCAGAUUCGGGCCAUGUUAAUGUUGCUCAGGAUGUGA